GUAAAGCUUGUGUGUUUGUUUUGUUCUUGUGCGCUGGUUUGGUUCAAUCGUUUAAAAUUGUGAGAAUUUUGUGGGAAAACUUUAAUUUUCAAUAAAAUUGCCAGCUUCAGUAGGGAACAUUCCGGGAGAACCCUAAAGGCGUAGUGUUUUACGAGUGCGAUUAGUGUUUUUGAGUGAAAAUGGACAACGUAGUGCCCCCUCCCCCGGAAUUCGAUGAUAGCUGGCCGUUGCCGCCGCCACUGCCUCCAGCGGCAGAACUUCCGGCACCUCCACCGACGCCAUCCUUGGAACCCAUAAGUGCUUCCCCAUCUCCGACGUCCGGUGAGCACAGAAAACCCACCAUGGAUGGCUGUCCGUAUGCAAAGAGGAGAAAGAUGACGGCAUUCUUCGAGGAUGAUGAUUUGGACGAGGACGAGGACGAAGAUGACCGUCAGACGGCGGAAAUGGUUGACGAGAAUUCAGCUCAAGGAUUUACCGAACGGCGCGAGGAGCUGAAUGACCAACUAAGGCAGUUUCAGGUGCUGGAUGAGGUGCAGGGUGAUAACUCUGAGGAUGAGAAUGAAGAUGGACAGUUUGACGACGAUGGAAUGGAUAACAGUUCGGAAGGCUCCGGAGUUGAUAUAGAAGAGCUGGAUAAUCUGUUGGAAGAGAAUUUACCGGAGGGAAUGAAAUCCAGUGGUCCCAAAGCCAAAGCUUAUGAGGAACGAUUCAAAGAAGUGCUAGAAGAAAAAGGACGAAACCAUUUUGAAGUUCUACCGGAGGGUUGGGUGCAAGCGACGCACGUAAGUGGGAUGCCUUUGUUCCUGCACACCGCCAGUAGAGUAUGUACUGCAUCUAGACCGUACUUUUUGGGUCCCGGAAGCGUUAGGAAACAUGAAAUUCCUUUGAGUGCCAUACCAUGCUUAAAUUACAGAAAAGCGCUAGAAAAAGAAGACGAGCUUCGCAAAGAAAUUGAAGCGAAUGCAGCCGCAGCCGAAGAGGCUCAGAAUAAUGCGCAAUCCAACGACAAAGAGAGUCAAGACUCUGCUGAAAAGCAAAUGCAUAAUCCUAUGCUGAGUAAAAUGAUUGCCAGCACGACAACGUUGGCCGAAGCACAAGCCAACGCCAAAAUGCUUCCGCUGAAAGUGACUGCCCGAAUCGAGACUGUGAAUGAAAACCUGAAGGCUCAAUCCUUAAGGGCCGAUGUGUUCCAAGAGUACUGUAAAAAGCUGUUCAAAUUCAAAACGAUUCGAGUGAUGCGAUUCAAAUCGUGGGCUGCCCGCCGGAAGCUCACCAAGCACCGCAAACACAUGAAGAAUUUACAAAGGCCAACGCUGCCGGAUGGAACCAAGUUGAUCACGUUCCCGGUGCUUCAUACGGAAGCCGAAAAAGGUACCACUCAUGUCCGACCCAAGAAAGAAUGGAUCAUGAACCCGAACGGUAAAAGUUACGUCUGUAUUCUCCAUGAAUACGUCCAGCACGCCCUCCGGAAGCAGCCGAGCUACGAAUUCAAGGAGCUUGAAAACGCGGCCACUCCCUACUCGGCCACGGUUUCCAUCAACGAGCUCAAGUACGGAACCGGAUACGGAACGAGCAAAAAACAAGCCAAAAGUGAAGCAGCCCGGGAGACGCUUGAAAUCUUAAUUCCGGACAUGAAGGACAAGAUCACCAGCAAGGACAACAAAAAAGACCAAAAUGGAGCGGCAGAACAGCAACCGGAAGCCCGGAACCUGUCCGUCUUCGACGAGAUCAAAAUCGAAGACCCAAGGGUGGCGGAAUUCUGUGCCAAGACGACGGAACCCUCGCCACAUACCAUUUUGCAGACGUGUCUGCAGAGGAACUUUGGCCUCGGAGACGUGCAGAUUCAGUACGACGUGAAGGCAGGCAAACAUAGGAAGAACGAGUUCACAAUGACGGUGGGGAAGCACACGGCAACGGUUGUGUGCAAGAACAAGCGCGACGGAAAGCAAAGGGCAUCGCAGGCGAUUUUGCAGAUCCUCCACCCGCACAUCAAAACGUGGGGCUCGUUGCUGCGACUGUACGGUAACCACUCCAUAAAAUCCUACAAGGAAAAGAAACAGGAAGAGCAGGAAAUUACCGUUCUCCAAAGUAUGGCGGCCAUCAACCAACCGAACUAUGCCAUUCUGCACAAACUGAAGCUGGAAAUGUCCAAACUGGAGGAACGGCAGAAAAACGUUCGCGUCAUUGGAACGUUCGUUCCGGAUGUGGACCUACCGUUGGCUUCCGGGUCGAAUUUGAAGAAUGUGGAUUUGUAGGAUGGGAGCGAAGAAAAUUUAGAAAGUAUUUUCCGUACGUCAGAUUUUUCGUUCAUUAUGAUUUUCGAAAGUUUACAGUUUUUGACUGACAUUAGGAUGGUAUGUAAAAAGUGUUGAACUUAUCACGGUUGUUCUUUCAGUCUAGAUCGCAUGGAAAUAAAUUGUCGUAUUAUGCAAA